ACAAAUGUGUGUUAUCUAUUACUGUUUACAAAACAGAAUUUGACAAGGUAAAUGACAUAUUUAGUUGAGAUGACUGCUGGCGAAAUAUAGCAACGACAUACAUUUAUAGUGCAUUUCUUGAGAAGAACACUCUGUCUGGAUAACAUCUCAAAUUUGUAAAUACCUGGUAUUAUGGCAGAUCCUAAAGCCAGGCGAUCAUUGGGUAGAUGGCGUUUAGCAACUUUCAUCUUCUCGUUUGUAGCAUUAGUACUAUUUAUUUGUAUUGUAGCAAUACUUAUAACAAUUCACACGAGGAAAAAGAAGAUAACUACCUGUGAAAGUAAAGAAAACGGACAGUAUGGUCAUAUUGAUCUUAAGGAAUCAGAUAAUCCAUCUGUGUUCCAUGAUUUAACUUCAAAAGAAGUUAAAGGUUUGAUGAAGUAUUUAUAUUCUCAAAAAACGCUCAACUUGGUUAAAACAGCAGAUAUGAAAGUCAAUACUAGCUACGUAUUUUUAAGUGAAUUAUACCUGCCAAGGAAAAAUUCCGUGCUCGAUUAUCUAGACAAAAAGGCAACAAAGCCAGCACGAGAAGCACGUGUUAUACUGCUACGAGGAGACAAACAAACGCCAGAUAUUGAAGAAAUAAUAGUAGGCCCUUUACCUAAUCCAACCGGACAUAGGCCGAAUCCUAAUAGGAAAAAAUCAAUUCCAUUUAUAUACCGGCCUAUCACUGGUCCAGAACAUGUUGGGUCGAUAGAAAUGGUGACAGUGAAAGUUGACCAAGUACUUGGAACAAUGUUUGAAGAUGUUUACGACGGAAAACUAUUUAAUUGUAAUAGCAAAUGCUUAAUGAUUCGAUACAUAACACCGGUAUCGUCUGUGCAGUCCGGAGAAAAACGACGUAAAACAUGGUAUUGGCUGUCACAAACUGCGGAAUACUUCAUCCUACACCCUCUAGACUUUUCUGUAUUGGUAGACUUGGAUGGACCAAACUUUACAAUCGAACAAGUUUGGUUUGAUGGAAAACUAUAUAAAACUCUAACGGAUGUAUUAGAUUACUAUGAAGCAAAUAAGGGAUCGUUCUCAAAGAUUAAAUUUCCAGAUGUUAGCAGUGAUCUCUUCUCUACAAUGAACCAACGCGGUACACCACCAAUUAGUCCUCCUUUAAGAAACCCAGUUCAAGUCUCACCUGAUGGAAAAAGAUAUAAUGUGAAGGAUCGCCAUGUGGAAUAUAUGUCUUGGCAAUUUGAUUUCGGGAUGUCACCAAUAAGAGGCCCACAACUGUAUGAUUUGAGGUUUAAGAACGAAAGGAUUGCGUAUGAAUUGAGUUUACAAGAACUUUCUGUAUUUUAUGCAGGAUACAAACCAAUGCAAGCUUUAGCUAAUUAUUUAGAUGGUGUUGGUUUAAUAGGAAUACAAGCAAAAGGACUUGUCCCUGGGGUUGAUUGUCCAAAAGACGCCACGUAUCUUAGUUCUACAUUUCAAGUGGAGUCAGAUGGUCCAUUCUCAUUUGAAAAUGCUUUCUGUAUUUUUGAAUACAACCUGGGUAUGCCCUUACGUAGACAUCAUUCCUAUUCGUUUUCUUAUGGCAGGUUUUAUGAAGGGAUGGAAACAACGGUGUUGAUCUUAAGAACAAUUGCAGUCAUUAUUAAUUAUGAUUACGUAAUUGAUUUCAUGUUUUAUCCUAAUGGAGCUAUGCAGGUCAAAGUUGUUUCUACUGGUUAUGUACUUGGCACUUUCUAUACUGACAAUGAAAGUAAAUACAGCUUCAAACUUCACGAGAAUUUGGCGGCUAACAUACAUCAGCAUUUGUUUAACUUUAAAGUCGAUUUAGACAUUCAAGGAACUGCAAACCGAUUUGCAACAGCUAACAUUGAAACUGAAGAUAUACCGAACAAGUUUUCGAAAGAUUCGAAUGCAAGAUUAAUACAACAUAAAUUUUCGACUUCUCUCAAAACAACAGAGAAAGAUGCUGCAUACAAAUUCGAUUUUGAAGCUCCAAAAUAUUUACUCGUAUACAAAGAAGAUGUUAAAACAAGAAAAACGUAUAAGAAGAGUAAAAGUUAUCGAAUACUCAAUAAUGGAAUGUCUAAACUCAUCCUCCCAGAAGGAAAAGGAAACGAGCCAAGUAUAAGUUGGGCCAGAUAUCAAGUUGCCAUGACAAAAUACAACGAUUCGGAGCCAACCAGCAGUUCUUUAUACUCAAUUCUAGAUGCUGAAGACCCAAUUGUACAUUUUCAGAAUUUUAUUGAUGAUAAUGAAUCAAUUGUGGAUGAAGAUUUGGUAGCAUGGAUCACGAUGGGUAUUCACCAUAUACCACAUACUGAAGACUUGCCGGUUACACCUACUCCGGGAAUGGAAUUGAGCUUUUACCUAUUACCAUACAACUAUUUUGAUGAAGAUCCAGCUAUUUCUUCCUUGAAUGCUGUCCGUAUUGAACCAAAAGAUAAUGCCAAGCUGAAGACAUCUAUUAACAUUAACCGUUAUGGCGUCAAACAAAGUCUUCAGUGUGUACCAGAAAAAAAUAAAUAUGACGAGGAAAUUAAAGAAAAUCCUUCUUUAAUAAUUGAUACUGAAGGAGGCACAUUCUUGUAAAUUUAUAUGUUAUAAUAAAACAAGUUUCAGGAAUCAAACCGUCUGACAAGUGGAAAUAUAUUGUACUUUUAUAUUUUAUGACAAUCUGUGCGAACAUUCACUGGACAAAUACUUCAGUAAUUGAUUUAUAUAUGAAUAUACUUAGCAUGCAUAAUUUAUGUGCAUUUUAUACUUUUUUUUAUCCGUGACGUUUAUAUAUAUUAUGCUUGAUUCCAUGCCCUUAGAGUGUAUAUUUGUUUGUGUGUAUGUUUGUGGGAGAUAUAACAACUGUCAUUAAAUGAUCAUCACUGCUCUUAUAAAAAGCAAACGCAUUAUUUUAUAUUUUAAUUAAACAAAAAUAUGCAUUGCAA